AUGCGCUUGACUGUUGAGCUCCUCCAGAACUCUCUAUCAUACAUUAAUCCGCUCAAGGACCGUGAGCUGGAUCUCCGAGGGCACAAGAUCCCCGCAAUCGAGAACCUAGGUGUUGCCAAGCACCAAGAUGCAAUUGACUUCACGGACAACGACCUUUCAUCGCUUGGCAACUUCCCUUUCUUUCCUCGACUUCACACCCUCCUUCUCGCGCGCAACAGAAUAAAUCACAUUCAAUCGACUCUGGCUUCGUCUCUGCCGAAUUUGACAACCCUUAUCUUGACCUCAAAUAACUUGUCCGAGCUCGCGGACCUCGACCCUCUAAAGGCAUUGACGAAGUUGACACAUUUGAGCCUACUUGAGAAUCCUAUCACCCGGAAAGAGCACUACCGAUACUGGGUUAUCUGGCUUCUCCCAUCCGUUCGUUUCUUCGACUACCAAAAAGUGAAGGACGCAGAGCGCGCCCAAGCUAAGGAACUUUUCGGCACCACCGAAGAACCAUCUUCUCUUGCAUCCAAGAUCAUGGGCAUCAAAUCCCGAACCUUCGACGUCUCCGCCACCGCAGACCGCGCCCCGGCAGACAAAGCCAUCCGAGUUAAAUUGACCGCUGCCGAGCGAAAGCGCGUGGAACAAAUGAUCCGGGAGGCAAAGAGUCUGCAGGAAAUCACAAGACUGGAGAGGAGUUGA